AUGGGGCAUUGGUCCUCUUGGAUCUUAGGAGUAGAUUGCUCAGCAGCUUGUAGUGGAAGGUGCAAAGAGACGAAGAGGCCCAAUCUCUGCAAGAGGGCUUGUGAGAGUUGCUGUGGGAAGUGCAACUGUGUUCCACCGGGGACUUACGGCAACUACGAGGCUUGUCCUUGUUAUUACAACCUUAAAACUCAUAACCUAAUUCGCAAAUGUCCUUGA